ACUAAUCCAGCCCAAGAACCACCAAGCAUCUCCUCCUCAACCUUCGGCCAAAAGCCCAAAGACCUCUCCCUCUUCUCCUACAACUCCAAAACCCACGGCAGCCCAAGAUAUUUGUUUUUCCUUCCACCAUCAAUUUACGUUCUUCGAAUUCGACGAGCAGAGAAGAAAAGGAUUUCACCUUUUUCGACGAUACCGGAUAUCUGGAUCUUCCCAGUGUAUCACAUUGACAAGUGAGUCUUCGUGAGGCAUAAAUCAUAUUCAUAAUGGCCAUGGUAGAUGAACCGCUAUACCCAAUUGCUGUUUUAAUUGAUGAGCUGAAAAAUGAGGAUAUUCAGCUUCGCUUGAAUUCGAUUCGUCGUCUUUCAACCAUUGCUCGAGCCCUGGGAGAAGACCGGACUCGCAAGGAGUUGAUUCCUUUUCUCAGUGAGAAUAAUGAUGAUGAUGAUGAGGUUCUUCUUGCUAUGGCCCAAGAGAUGGGACUAUUUAUUCCCUAUGUUGGCGGCAUCGACCAUGCUACUGUUUUGCUUCCUCCCUUGGAGACCUUAUGCACUGUUGAAGAGACUUGUGUAAGGGACAAAGCCGUUCACUCGCUUUGCGCUAUUGCUUCACAGAUGAAGGAAUCUGAUCUUGUUCAAUCAUUUUUUCCUAUGCUUAAGAGGUUGGCUUCUGGUGAGUGGUUUACUGCUCGUGUUUCUUCAUGUGGCUUAUUCUAUAUUGCUUACCCAAGCGCUCCAGAAAACAUUAAAGCUGAGUUAAGAACAAUGUACAGCCAAUUGUGUCAAGAUGACAUGCCUAUGGUGAGAAGAUCAGCAGCCAGCAAUCUUGGCAAAUUUGCAGCCACUGUUGAACCUGCCUAUUUGAAGGCUGACAUCAUGUCUAUGUUUCAGGAUCUCACACAAGAUGAUCAGGAUUCUGUUCGUCUAUUGGCCGUUGAAGGUUGUGCAGCCCUUGGAAAGCUUUUGGAGCCUCAAGAUUGCAUUGCACACAUUCUUCCUGUAAUUGUUAAUUUCUCUCAGGAUAAGUCAUGGCGUGUACGUUAUAUGGUUGCAAAUCAACUGUAUGAGCUGUGUGAAGCAGUUGGUCCGGAACCUACGAAGACGGAUUUGGUGCCGGCAUAUGUUCGGCUGCUUCGUGACAAUGAAGCUGAAGUACGUAUAGCAGCUGCAGGAAAAGUGACCAAAUUUUGUUGCAUUUUGAACCCUGAACUUGCAAUACAACAUAUCCUUCCUUGUGUCAAGGAAUUGUCAUCAGAUUCUUCUCAGCAUGUUCGUUCGGCUCUGGCUUCCGUCAUAAUGGGGAUGGCACCGAUUCUGGGGAAGGAUGCUACAAUUGAGCAGCUUCUUCCCAUCUUUCUUUCUCUUCUGAAAGAUGAAUUUCCUGAUGUCCGCCUGAACAUAAUAAGCAAGCUUGAUGAAGUGAACCAGGUCAUUGGAAUAGAUUUGUUAUCACAGUCAUUACUUCCCGCUAUUGUUGAGCUUGCUGAAGAUAGGCAUUGGAGAGUUCGAUUGGCCAUUAUUGAAUACAUUCCCUUAUUGGCCAGUCAAUUGGGUGUUGGGUUUUUCGAUGACAAACUUGGUGCUCUCUGCAUGCAGUGGUUGAAUGACAAGGUUUAUUCUAUUCGUGAUGCAGCUGCCAAUAAUGUGAAGCGCCUUGCUGAAGAAUUUGGCCCGGACUGGGCUAUGCAACACAUAAUCCCACAGGUUCUAGAGAUGGCGACUAACCCACAUUAUCUGUAUCGGAUGACUAUCCUACAAGCAAUUUCCUUGCUCGGCCCUGUUAUGGGAGCAGAAAUCACAUGUUCAAAAUUGUUACCCGUGGUUGUUGACGCAUCAAAGGACAGGGUAGCAAACAUAAAGUUCAAUGUCGCAAAAGUGUUGCAGUCGCUUAUUCCUAUCGUUGAUCAGUCAGUGGUUGAGAAGACUAUUAGGCCUUGUUUGAUAGAGCUAAGUGAAGACCCAGAUGUUGAUGUCAGGUUUUUCGCUACACAAGCACUGAAAUUAACGGAUCAGGCUGCCAUGUCUAGCUAGAAUUUUUUUUUCUCAUUCUUUUUUUUGACCCAGGUGUGUAGCUAGAUCUCUGUGUGUUAUGUUAUAGGCAUUCUUUACCCCCUUCAUUUUAACCCUUGUUUUCGAAGUUUUGCUGCCUCUCUCACAAGGCAAACAUAUGGCGUAAAACGCAACUAGUGUUGUAUCUUUUGCUGGAAUUUCAAUUUUAGACUGACUGAUUUUGAUUCUUUUAAAUGUCAGCAAGCCUUGAUGUCCUAUGGUGUUUUGUAAGGAAAAGACAACAUUAUAUCAUAGUGUAUUAUAUCUAGCUGGAUUUUGGCUGCUGAACU